AUGGCGCUCUUACAGCAUAAAGCGCUUGUCGACUAUGAAAAGCAACUCGAGGCGUUCCAAUCCUUCCUGGAGAAAUUCGAGACCUCCAAAACGUCGACGGACGCAGCCGCCGAAGCCAUCGAUGACCUACACCUCGACGGCGACCACACAAGCGACGAGUAUGACUUUAUGGACGAUGUUUCGGACCACCAUGCGAGCCAGUCCAGGCGGCGGCCCAAGAGAAAGUAUCUAGAGAUGUUGCAAGAAGUCGCGGACCGAGAGCGUCAGAACAUCCUGGUCGAGCUGGAUGAUCUCCGAGAGUUCGAGGACACUCUACCUGCCGACUUGAACCUGAGAUUGGUGGAGUCGGUGACCAACAAUACUAAACACUACGUCGAACUUUUUGCAGAUGCUGUGGACAAGGUCAUGCCCAGCGCAAGCAAAGAAGUCUCCUUCAAGGACGAUGUGCUCGACAUCAUCAUGACUCAACGGGCCAAAAGAAACGAGACGCUGGCCUUAGGUCGAGAAGCUGAAAUUGAACCCGCGACUCCUAUCUCGACGUUCCCUCCAGAAUUGACUAGACGAUACACGCUGAAUUUCAAACCUGUGACUCCAACAGGCGCUGAUGUCGGAAAGAAGACUCUCGCUGUGAGGCAGGUCCGCGGCGAGCAUUUGGGACACCUCAUCACCGUCCGCGGCAUCACCACCAGGGUUUCCGACGUCAAACCGAGCAUACAAAUCCAAGCCUACACUUGUGACCGAUGCGGUUGCGAGAUCUUUCAGCCGGUCACCUCUAGGCAGUUCACACCGUUGCAGAUCUGUCCCUCGGACGAAUGCAAAGAAAACGACUCCAAGGGUCAACUAUUCGCGUCCACGCGAGCAUCGAAAUUUAUGCCGUUCCAGGAGGUCAAGAUCCAGGAAAUGGCCGAUCAAGUUCCGGUCGGUCAUAUUCCCCGAACGUUGACGAUCCACUGCAAUGGCAGCCUUGCUCGACAAGUGAGCCCCGGCGAUGUCGUAGAUAUUGACGGCAUCUUCCUUCCUACCCCGUAUACUGGGUUCCGAGCCAUUCGGGCUGGCCUUUUGACAGACACUUAUCUGGAAGCACAGAACAUCACGCAACACAAGAAGGCAUAUCAAGACUUGCAGAUGGAUCCUCGAAUCAUCCGCCGAAUCGAGUCUUUCAAAGCAACAGGGCACAUGUACGAAUAUCUGGCUCGCUCCAUUGCCCCGGAAAUUUACGGCCAUUUGGAUGUCAAGAAGGCUCUGCUGCUCCUCCUUAUCGGCGGCGUCACCAAGGAAAUGGGUGACGGCAUGCGGAUCCGUGGAGACAUCAACGUCUGUCUGAUGGGUGACCCUGGUGUCGCCAAAUCACAGCUACUCAAAUAUAUCACGAAAGUCGCUCCCCGAGGCAUCUACACCACAGGUCGAGGGUCUAGUGGAGUUGGUCUGACCGCCGCCGUGAUGCGAGAUCCCGUCACGGACGAAAUGGUCCUAGAAGGCGGCGCCCUGGUUCUUGCCGACAAUGGAAUCUGCUGCAUCGAUGAGUUUGACAAGAUGGACGACGGCGACCGAACAGCCAUCCAUGAAGUCAUGGAGCAACAGACCAUUUCCAUCAGCAAAGCUGGUAUCAGCACGACCUUGAAUGCUCGAACGUCGAUUCUGGCGGCCGCCAACCCCCUCUACGGCCGGUACAACCCACGGAUCUCGCCUGUGGACAACAUCAACCUGCCCGCGGCCCUGUUGUCACGUUUCGACGUGCUCUUCCUCAUCCUCGACACACCUUCGCGGGAGGCGGAUGAAGAACUGGCCGGGCACGUCUGCUACGUCCACAUGCACAACCAACAUCCGGAACCUGAGGGCGAGGGGGUGAUUUUCUCGCCCAACGAGGUCCGGCAAUACAUUGCGCAGGCACGCACCUUCCGACCAAAUGUGCCCAAGUCGGUAUCCGAUUACAUGGUGGGCGCGUAUGUGCGGAUGCGACAGCAACAGAAACGCGACGAAGGGUCGAAGAAGCAUUUCACACAUACGUCCCCGCGUACGCUGUUGGGCGUGCUGCGUCUUUCUCAGGCGCUCGCCCGACUGAGGUUCAGCAACGAAGUGGUGAACGAAGAUGUCGACGAGGCUUUGCGUCUGAUUGAGGUGUCCAAGGCCAGUCUGUACCACGACCAGCGCGGCCAAGGCGAUCAGACGGUCAGUUCGAGGAUUUAUGAUCUUGUUCGAGGAAUGAGAGAGUCCGGCGCGGCCAGUGUUGGACGCGGCGCGAGAGGCGAGUUGAAUCUGGCUCGGGUCCGAGAAUUGGUCUUGGCCAAGGGCUUCACGCUCGACCAGUUCCAAAGGACGAUUGAAGAGUAUGAGCUUCUAGAUGUCUGGCAAGUCGCCAACAACGGCACCCGGCUCGUAUGGAUCGAAGCAGGUGAUAGCGAUGACGAGAACAUGGACGACGGGGACAACGAGUAA